CAGCUAAUAUGGGAAAUAUUGAUGGAACGCAUAAAAAGGAUACGACUUUGAAACCCCCGCAAAAUCCAGAAGAAAAAAUUGAGGAGGAAAAUGAAAAUUCAUGGGCAGACGCUGAAGAAACAUAG